AUGCGGUCAAUAAUCCUCGGGUCUUCAUUCUUUUUCGCGCAUCUCAUACAGGCCCGAAAACCAGAACCUAUUCUAUUGCCCACAGGCGACUGGUCUGGAGCCGAUGGAAAUUGGUCCACGAUAUCGUUUUAUCUCGGGUCAAAUUCACAACAUGUCGAUGUUCUUGUGAGCACUGCUCUUUCGGAAUUCUGGGCCGUUGGGCCUGGGGGAUGUUUGCCCAAGGAACCUCAUUGUAGUGCUGCCCGUGGAGGCAUCUACGAUGCUGAGGAAUCUACUGAUUGGACUUCACUGGGCACCUGGCAGCUCGGUCUGAGCUAUCUAGGUUACGGUGGCAAUGGCAACUACGGCCGCGAUCUUAUCAAUACACAAAGCCCUCUUACCAGCGAACCAUUUACCAUGGACAAUGUGCUCAUAGCGUCCAUCAACACCACCCAGUACCUGACUGGUCUGUUCGGCCUGGGUAUCACACAGGGUAAUUUCAAUGGCACUGUUGCAGAAUCGCCUAUGACUCAAGCGGUCAGCGAGUAUGGAUUGAUCCCAAGUUACAGCUUCGGAUACACAGCUGGAGCACACUAUAGGAACAUGCCUGCCUCGUUAACUUUAGGGGGUGUCGAGCCUGCCAGGUUUCAGGCGCAUAACAAUGUUUUCACACUUCCCCAGGACGAUAACAUGGAGCGUCCUUUGGUUCGUGGUAUUGAAAUCACUCCAGCCGAGAACCGAGAUGCCCCUGACUCUUGGACAUCUGAACAACUCCUGCUCUCGCAAUGGAACUCAUCUUUCUACGCCAUCAUCGAUAGCACCACCUCUUAUCUGUGGUUACCGGAAGAUGUGUGUGACCAAUUUGCGAAUGCCCUCAACCUAACAUACAACAGUACUUUCGACCUGUAUACCAUCAGUAACGACCAAUAUAGCGAGUACACAAAGGAGGACUCGUUCAAUCUUACCUUUGUUCUUUCUAGUUUCGACGACAACGACAAUUUUGGCGAUCCCUACGAUGUAUCCGGCAUCGUUAAUAUUACGCUGCCCCUAAGAGCAUUCGUGGGUCUGCUACAGUACCCUUAUAUGCCUGACAUGAUUGGAUAUGGCGAUCCAGCGAUCCCUUACGUGAUGUUGCGAAAGGCGCAAAAUAGCACUACGUACAUAUUGGGACGUUCGUUCUUGCAGGAGUCAUAUUUGAUUACGAAAUAUGACGAGGGCACCUUUUCCAUUCAUCAAGCUCUCUUCCCCGAGGGAUCAGUGACAGAGGCAGGACUAUCCCCCAUCGAGCAAUCCGACGACAGCCCGUAUCCUGCGCCGAAUGUACAUGAGUCCAAGAAGGGGCUUUCGGACGGUCAGGUUGUGGGAAUUGGAGUAGGGGCUGGGGUGGGAACCUUUGUUAUCUGCGCAACAGCUUUUGCUGUAUGGUUAUACUACCGCCGUAAACGAAAAGGCGAAGCUGGGAGUAGCAACGUAUCAACAGAAGAUCAAGGUCCAUGCUCGGAGGACACAACCCGAUCGCCAAAGUCUCCUUUGGCAUUGCUAAUGUCAAGAAUCAUGGGACGAAAGCACUCAACUCAGCAAGCCCAAGGAGACGACGAUGACAAGGAAAAGGCUAUCGAAGCCCCCGAUACUCAGAUUCAUGAAAUGUCAGCUCCGUUACCACCUGCAGAGCUCGAUGGGGACGAUUGCAUGUCAUGGAACGAUGAUACCGAGCUAGGGACCGACAACUCACAUAACCUGAGCGCAUAUGAAAUGGCGAGGCGAAAAAUGGACAGACAACUGCAGGGUCCCGUUCCUUCGUACAGCCCGCCUGCCGAUGGAGCGGAGGUACCCCCAGAGAAAGCGAUAUACCAGCCCAACCCAGCGAAUGGCCCACCGGUAGCACUCCAGCUAUCCCCAUCUGCAUCCUUGAAGGUAUCUCCAGAAGGAGGCUCCAACGCCAACUCGAUGGCUUUGCCGUCUCCUUUAACUCCUCGUUUCGAUUCAAACGGUCACGCGAUCAAUCCAUCAUCGCACUCGAUGACUGCUAUGCCUGUAUCGCCAACCAACGAUAGCUUCUCGUCACCAAACUCGCCCCUCUCUCCGCACUCAGACCAUCAGACCAUCAACUCCAUGACCAUGGGCUCUGACAGAGAACCUCAAUCAACGAAUCACUCCACGAGUAUAUCACAGCAGCGGCUAGUGCAGAGAACGCCCAUUGACUCAUCAAGAAUAGUUUUGCUCGGAGCAUUGCCUUCGAAUGCUCGCUUUGCUCGCGAUCCCGUGCCCCAGGCUGCAUCGGGAGGGGGCUACCAAGCUACCGACGAUUCUUCACAUGAUAACGAUAACGAUACGGUUGAUUCUUUAGGGAGCAAUUUUACUGUGGAUGAAGAAGGUGGGAAUGCAAAUCCACAAGAGCCGACGAGGCGUUUGGAUUUAGGCACAAACGGACCAGCCAUCGGAGCUGCGGUGGCAAAUCCACAGCACAAUCCCUCGUCAGGUCAACCUGAUACACCGCGAAAUCCAGAGCGCAUUAAUCCGGGUGAGGAUUUGGUCCAUGUACCGCAAAUGGCCGAGAGACGAUACAGCUGGGAGUAG